AUGGCGAAUCUAGAAAAACACUCAUACUUCUGGGUGUUCUGUCUUUUUUCUGUGAAGCCCCAAAAACCUCUGAUGGUGAUGGAGUACUGGUCUGGCUGGUUUGACACUUGGGGAGAGCACCAUCAUGUCUUCCACGCAGAAGAUAUGCUCGCUGUGGUGGCUGAAAUCUUGGAGAGGGGCGUUUCCAUCAACCUCUACAUGUUUCAUGGAGGGACUAACUUUGGCUUCGUGAAUGGAGCCAUGGACUUUGGGACCUACAAACCUCAGGUCACAAGUUACGAUUAUGAUGCUCCGCUCUCUGAGGCUGGAGACUGCACCAUCAAAUAUCACCUUCUGAGGAAUCUGUUCAGCCAGUAUCACUCUGAGCCUCUUCCUGAAGUCCCCCUGCCUCAGGAGAGGGUGGCUUACCAGACUGUUUUAACACAGCAGCACAUCUCCCUGUGGGACAGCCUCCAGUUCACAGACAAGCCGUACCAGUCAGAGAGGCCUGUAAACAUGGAGAAUCUGCCAGUCAACGACAACAACGGUCAGUCCAGUGGUUACACUCUGUAUGAAACCACCAUCAGCAGAGGAGGAACGCUGAGCUCCCAGAACAACAUCAGGGACAGAGCGCUGGUGUUCGUGGAUGGACAGUUUGUUGGAUGUUUGGACUACAAGUGCCAUGAGGUCACGCUCCCUGAAGCUGAGGCCCACAGGACUCUGGCUUUGCUUGUGGAGAACUGUGGACGAGUGAAUUAUGGAAAAGCUCUGGAUAACCAGCGCAAAGGAAUUGUAGGGGACAUUGUGCUGAAUCACACCCCGCUGAGAGGAUUCACCACAUUCUGUUUAGACUUGAAGCCAAGCUUCAUAAAAAGAUUAUCAAACUCAUGUCAGUGGAAAACUGACUCGCAGUCACCGUCUGUCCCAGGAUUUCUCCAGGCCAGACUCUGUGUGGAUGGUCCACCCAAAGACACUUUCAUCAAACUCCCUGGUUGGGGUAAAGGAGUUGUGUUUGUCAACGAGCAGAACCUUGGUCGGUACUGGAUCAUUGGCCCGCAGCAUUUCCUUUAUCUCCCUGGCCCUUGGCUCCGACGUGGAGAGAAUCAGAUUACUGUCUUCGAGGAGCAAAAAACUGAUGGAAAAAUAGUGUUUUCAGAAAAUCCUGAUCAUGGAAAGACUAUUGAUGUGUACAAAAUGCCUUUUUGCACACUGCUGUAA